AUGGAGGUGGAUCCGGCGGCGGACGAGAGGAGGAAGAACAAGGGGGGGCUGGAGUGGGAGCUGGAGCGCCACUACGACGACUUGGAGCGGGAGAUGAUGCUGAUGGCCGCCGACCGGCCGCACAAGCAGCAGCGGCGGCACCGGCCCGAUCUGCUCCAGAACUGCGACCUGCCCCCACCGGCCAAGCUCUUCGGCCCCGUCCCGACUCUGCACAGGCUGGAGACUGCCGCCGCCGCCGCCGCCAAGGACCACAAGGGCGACGUCGCCGACGAAGACCUGCUGCGGGCGCUGCGCCUUUCGCAGUCGCGCGCGCGGGAGGCGGAGGACCAUCUGUCAGCCGCGGGCGCCACCAACGUUGACCUCGCGGCGCUGCUCGUGCGGGACUCCGUCGCGCUGUCCGCGCACCGCCGCUGGGUCAUGAUGCUGGAGGCCGAGAACUCCCUGCUCCGAGGAAGACGAGGAGAUGCGGAUGCGGGCCCGGAACCGGAACCGGACCCGGACCACGGCGCCGGCGGGGUGGCCGCAUGGUGGGUCGCGCUCGCCGUCUGCGUCGGCGUCGCCGGCGUCGGCCUCGCGCUCGGCAGGUUCCUUUGCUGA